AAGAGAAUUUUUCCUCCUAACCUGCCUAGCUCGCCUUCUUGCUUCUCCUGCUCCUCUUCCUCCUGCCCAUCCCCUCGCGUUCCUACACCAAACCCUAGCCCCAGCACCGGGCCCCACCCCGGCCUCCGCUCGCGCCGGCCUUAGGGGUUCUCGCUCUGAGCGGCCGGGAUCCGCAGGGCUCCGGUUGGGUCCCGGAAGCGUCCCGGCUCUUGGCGGGAGUCCAGGAAAUGGCGGAGAAGGAGGGGGCCAAGGUGGGGGCCGAAGAGAUGGAGGAGCGGGAGCGCGAAGGGGAGGCGGAGGAGGUGGAGGUCAAGUUCCGGCUCUUCGACGGCUCCGACAUCGGCCCCGUCCGCUGCAACGCCGCCGCCACCACCGUCGCCGCGCUCAAGGACCGCGUCGUCGCCGACUGGCCCAAAGAUAAAUCAAUUAGCCCAAAGACUGCUAAUGAUGUGAAACUGAUAAGCGGAGGAAAAAUUCUAGAAAAUGAUAAGAGUGUUGCUCAAUGCAGAGCACCUUUUGGUGAUCUUCCCAGUAAUGCUAUCACAAUGCACGUUGUUGUUCCACCAUCAUCAGCCAAAUCAAAACCAGAUAAGAAGGCCAACAAGUUGCCCAAAACUACACGCUGCUCUUGUACCAUACUAUGAAUUACAAAGGUCAAGUCUACGAGACCAACAAUAAUUUGUAUGUCCACCAAAAGUCCUGCGGAGAGACUAGUUGCCCAAAGGUCAAUGAAGCCCGGUGUCAUUCUCUGUUAACGGGUGGCGACGGCGGAAGACGACGUCCAUAUGUUGUAAGCUACUAUUGUAAUUGUAACCUAGGUACAAAGAGUCGGUCCCUCUGCCAUGCGGAUAGGGAAAUAGUUUGUCGUGGUUGUCGCGUUUUACCCUACAAGAUGUUCUAUAUGAUGUACAAGAUACAAACACACGCUGUUUUGGGUUGUAGUAGACCUUGUUGCUGCUCUACCAUGUCAAGAUUGUUUCAGAGUUGAGGUAUCCUGUUGGGCAACGAGUCAAUAUGAAUCUGAUUGCUUUAUUCUUGAAACA